AAGUGUCUGAAGCCGCAUGUCUAAAGAAAGUUGUAUGUCAUAACAAUGUCACUGUCAAUAAAAGUCAAAUUCACGUGUUGCUUUGUGAAUGCAAAACACGCGGCCGGUUCGCGGUCUCAUAUCUAAAUAAUAUUUUACUAUUGGUUCUAAGAACAUUAUUCGUGGUUCGCCGGAAUGAUAAGAUGUCGGCGGGCAACAUGUUGGAGGCACUUAAAGCCAUAGGUGCGGAAACCAAAACAAGUGAAUUAAUAAAAACGUGUAACGAACUCCAGAAAUCAAUAAACUCCAAUAAAUUCGAUAUUCAAGCUGCUAUAAAGAAAUUAUCAGACUUUAUUCUAAAAGUUGAUGAUGCAAUACUUUUCAAGAAGUAUCUAUCAAAUGUAUUGCUUGCAUUAGUAUCUGCAAGAAUCCCAUUAAAACCAGUAUUUUCUAAUUUGGACUCGGACACAUGCACUGACAAUGAAAAGACCAGUCAUAUUGAAUACUCUGUGGUUUUGUCAGCAUUGAGUGAUCAUCCUGAUAUUUUACAGUAUGCCUUAAAAUACCUAGAAAUCAAUCAAGUACCACCAUUUGAGGUAUUCAUUCACCAUGAGGACUCAUACAAUGUGGCUCCAAAGAAGCGAAGACUCAUUGACUGCCGACAGAAGAUUACUGACAAACAGAUAGUACUGUGCUCCUAUGCCUUGCUCAGCAAACUCCCAAAUGAAUUGUCUGCUAAAUGGGACUGGACUAAGUUUGUUAGUAGUUUUAGUGGCCAUGAGGAUCCAGAAGUCAGAUGGAUGGUCAAAGAAUGCAUGGCGAUAGUAACAAACAUGACAGAAGCUCAAUCGAAGAAACUUUCGAAUAUUCUGGAAAUACCUGACCAGGACUGUUUACAAAGCAUAGAGAAAAGUAAAACUGAAUCUAUUCACACCAUGGAAGUGAUCAAAAGUGAUCUUAAUCCAGACAAUAUUGUGAACAUUGAUGGCAUAUUGCUACCAAUUUAUGAGAAAAGUAAUGUUCAGAAAGGCAUUUUAGUUCCAGUGAAAUCUACUGUUAAUAACUUGAGGAGUUUAGCUUUGGCUGUUGCAUCAGGUCAGGCCCUAAGUCUCAUGGGUCCCGUCGGCUCCGGCAAAACGUCUCUCGUAGAACAUUUAGCGUGCAUCACUGGUCGUAAAGGUGCCGCCUUCAAGAAGGUGCAACUAGGAGACCAGACUGAUUCCCGCAUGUUGCUCGGUUCCCACCAAUGUACCGACAUUCCUGGAGAAUUUGUGUGGAGCCCUGGUGUUUUAACUGAGGCUGUACAAAAUGGACAUUGGCUUUUAUUAGAAGAUAUAGAUUGCGCGGCUUUGGAUGUGGCAUCGACUCUUAGCUCCCUCUUAGAAAGAAACACCCUGUGUGUGCCGGGCUAUCGCGAUUCCUUGCCUGUCACACCUGGCUUUCAACUAUUCGUUACACAACGAACUUUGACUACCAAUUAUGGCUUUCAAAAGAAGAUGUCCAGUUCAAGUACUUUACUUCAGAAGCACUUGACACAGAUUAAUGUAGAGCCACUGUCGAGGUCAGAACUCGCAGAGGUCAUUCAAACCCUCUAUCCACCAUUAACAACUAUCUGCCCGAGAAUGAUCGAGGUUUUUAUGAUGUUUUCUGUGGGUAGUCAUGAUACCUCCUUACAGACCACUGAAGCAGUUAAAAGUGAUCAAGAAAAGAACCUCAUUCUCUUAAGAGGAUCAAGAUUGAUUUCUACAAGAGACUUGCUAAAAUGGUGUUCUAGAUCUGUUGUCGGGUUUAACGUGUCUAGUCCAGAAUCCGCAUUGAAAGUCCUACAGGACGCUUUGGACAUUUUUACUUGUUCCGUCUCAUCUCCGGAGCAUAGAUUGGAGUUAGCCAAAAAGGUUGGGUUAUGUCUUGGUAUCGUAGAAACCAAAUCUGAGUUUUAUUGUAAACACUACAAGCCAAAUGUUUCCCUAAAACCUGACUUCCUAGAAGUCGGUCGUUCGAAAGUACCAAGGGUAGAAAAGAGCUUGGAAACCAUCGAUUUUGAUAACAAGCAAACUGUGUUCUCGUUUACUCGACAGUCAGCUUGUUUAUUAGAAAGGAUAGCUUGUUGUGUUACUUCAAACGAGCCAGUAUUGCUCGUAGGUGAAACUGGUACGGGGAAAACCUCAUCUGUCCAAUAUUUGGCGAGACAAACGGGACAUAAACUCGUAGUCGUCAACAUGAACCAACAGUCCGACUCAGCCGACUUACUAGGUGGAUACAAACCCGUCGACUUGAAAUUCGUAAUCCGUCCCAUUCGACUCCAAUUCGAAGAGCUCUUCCGAAGUUAUUAUAACACUGAAAAGAACAAAAAGUUUCUGGGGCAUAUAGAAACUUGUUACGAAACAGAAAAUUGGACCGCUUUAGUUGCGUUAAUGAAACAGAGUCAUAAAGCGGCAGUUAGCAGACUGAUGGCAGAAAAAAAAGAAGUCAUUCUCAAAAAGUGGUUAUCUUUUGGUUAUAAAUUAACUAAAUUGGAUCAACAAAUAAAGGCAGCAUCGAAACUGACUUUCGCGUUUAUCGAAGGCUCUCUAGUCAAAGCAAUGCAGGAAGGACACUGGGUUUUAUUGGACGAAAUUAAUUUAGCGUCUGCUGAAAUUUUGGAGUGCUUAGCUGGUCUUCUAGAAGACAAGAGUGAAACUAUAGAUUUGUUAGAAAAGGGUGAUAAGGUUCCUAUAAAAAGGCACCCUGAUUUUACGUUAUUUGCGUGUAUGAAUCCUGCCACAGAUGUCGGUAAGAAGGACUUGCCUGCAGGCCUCAGGAAUCGGUUCACAGAAUUCUUUAUCGACGAGUUGACGGAGCGAAAUGAUUUAAUGUUGCUCAUUGGAGACUAUUUAUACCAUAUGAAUCUUAGUGGUGCUAUUUUAGAAGCUAUAUACAGCUUCUAUGCCAGUAUAAAGAAAGAAGCUAAGUUGAACCUUGUGGAUGGAUCAGGGAAUACGCCCCAUUAUUCUUUGAGAACGCUAUGCAGAGCGUUAACGGCCGCUGCUAAAGCUAAAUGUGGGACUGUAUCAAGAUCUUUGUUUGAAGCAUUUUGUCUAUCUUUCCUUACACAGUUAGAUAGCUCUUCACAUCCUAAAGUAGAAGCUAUGAUUGCCAAGGCGGUAAUUGGCAAGAAAAACGUAAAAUCUGUAUUAAACCAACUCAUUCCGGAACCCCAAGUUUUUGGUCAAAAUUACUUACUUUUCGAAGGACAUUGGAUCCCUCAAGGAAAACUCGAAAUAGUAAUACCAGAAGGAUAUAUCCUCACACCAACUGUAAAGAAGAAUCUUCGUGAUAUUGCUAGAAUAAUAUCACUCGGUCGAUUACCGAUUCUACUACAAGGUGACACGUCAGUAGGUAAAACCUCUCUUAUUACGUACAUAGCCAAAGCAUCGGGUAACUAUUGUGUCAGAAUAAACAAUCACGAACACACAGAUCUCCAAGAAUACAUAGGGUCUUAUGCCACAGACUCCAGUGGCAAACUAGUCUUCAAAGAAGGUGUUCUAGUCGAAGCUAUGAGGAAAGGCUACUGGAUCAUACUUGAUGAGCUCAACCUAGCACCAAGUGAUGUGUUAGAAGCUCUGAACAGAGUACUGGAUGACAAUAGGGAACUAUUCAUCCCGGAAACUCAGCAGGUUGUUAGAGCAGAUCCCAAUUUCAUGUUGUUUGCCACUCAGAACCCGCCAGGAUUGUACGGCGGUAGGAAAAUGUUGUCGAGAGCUUUUAGAAAUAGGUUCGUCGAGUUACAUUUCGACGAAAUACCAAAGAAGGAACUCGAGACAAUUUUACACCAAAGAUGUCACGUUCCUCCAGCUUACAGUAAAAAAAUGAUCGCUGUUAUGGCUGACCUACAAAUCAGACGUCGUGGCUCAGCCGCUGUACAAGGCAAAGACGGUUUCAUCACUCUUCGUGAUUUAUUCAGGUGGGGACAGAGGUACAAGAAUGUAUCAAAAGAUUCGUUAACCUCUGACAAAUUUUACGACUGGGAUCAGCAUAUAGCUGAUGAAGGAUACCUCAUUUUGGCUGGUAAGGUUCGACAGACAGACGAACGAAGUAUUAUAGAAGAAGUAAUAGAAAAACAUAUAAAGAGGAAAGUUAUUCCUGACAAUUUGUUCAGUCUAAAUCCAGCUACGUCACCUGUAACUAAACCUAUAUUAGAGACGAUUUUAAAUAACCAGCUUGAAGAAUUUUCUCAUGUAGUAUGGACUUACAAUAUGAGGAGAUUGGCAGUUUUAAUCGCCAAAUCUUUCAGCUUCGAUGAACCAGUACUAUUAGUGGGAGAAACAGGGUGUGGCAAAACAACGAUAUGCCAAGUGCUAGCUGCCUUAAAAAAACGACAACUGCUAUCAGUUAAUUGUCAUAUGCACACUGAAAGUUCUGACUUCUUAGGAGGGCUUCGUCCUGUAAGACAUUACAAAAAUGAUGGAAGGCUGUUCGAAUGGGUUGAUGGUCCUCUAAUUAAGGCUAUGGAAACUGGUAAUAUGUUUCUGGCUGACGAGAUAUCGCUAGCAGACGACAGUGUAUUAGAAAGAAUGAACUCUUUGCUAGAACCAGAAAGACAGCUAGUCUUAGCAGAAAGAGGAAUGGAAGAAAAUAGAGAUAUUGUUGUUAUUACAGCUGAUAAGAAUUUCCAUUUUAUUGGAACUAUGAAUCCUGGUGGAGAUUUCGGUAAGAAGGAACUGUCCCCAGCUUUGCGAAAUCGAUUUACAGAAAUUUGGUGCGACAGUGUCACAUCUAGAGAAGACUUAUUAAAAGUUCUAGAGAAGAGUGUUAACAAGGGCGUCUCGUUAGGUAAUCAGGAGGAUGGCAGCUCAGGAAUUGGAACAUCAAUUCUGAACUUCACCGAUUGGUUGAAGAACUCUGAAGUGACGAACAAAUUCCCAUUCAGUAUACGUGACUUACUUUCAUGGGUCCACUUUAUUAAUAUAACUGUGUCCAAACAACUUUUGGACACUCCCGAAGCGUAUGUACACGGUGCUUGCAUGACCUUCUUAGAUUGCUUCGGCACAGCCCUAACGGGCCAUGUAGAAACAGAAACACUGGUCCUAUUAAGAAAAAAUGCAAUUAACUUUUUGUUGAACCAAAUCAGUGCUGUUGGUAAUGAAUAUACUGAGAGUUUGACAGAAAUGCUAAGCAGUAAACAAACUCAAUUUGUCGCCGAAUGUGGUCCAGACAAGUUUGGCAUCAAACCUUUUUACGUAGAAGUUGGUGAAAAUGUUAAUAUAACUGAUGAAGACCAGGCAUUUACCUUCACGGCACCUACGACGGGAGCAAAUACAUUGAGACUGUUGCGUGGUAUGCAACUGAAUAAAGCAAUAUUGUUAGAGGGAAACCCUGGGGUUGGAAAAACGAGUUUAGUGACUGCAUUAGCCAAGUCUUCGGGUCAUAAAGUUGUUAGGAUCAAUUUGAGUGAUCAAACGGAUAUAACAGACUUGUUCGGAACAGACUUACCUACAGAAGAUGGAUCAUUCACAUUUAAAGAAGGAGCAUUUCUGAGCGCUCUUCAAAAUGGUGACUGGAUUCUUUUAGACGAACUCAAUUUAGCGCCUCAACCAGUUCUAGAAGGUCUCAACGCGUGUUUGGACCACAGAGGAGAGGUAUUCAUUCCAGAGUUAGGUAGAACUUUUAAAGUAAAAGAGCAAACGAAAUUGUUCGCUUGUCAAAAUCCGUUAAAACAAGGCGGCGCUCGACGCGGCCUCCCUAUAUCAUUCCUAAACAGAUUCACUCAAGUAUACAUCGAUACAUUGACUAAAGAAGACUUGAUAUACAUCGUGGAGUCACAGUACCCGACCAUACCAAAAGAUAUUGCGUACAGAAUAGUACAGUUCAAUUGCAAAGUUGCUUACGAAGUGACAGAGAUUCAGUCUUGGGGCCAUAGGGGUGCGCCUUGGGAAAUGAACCUUAGGGACAUACAGAGAUGGUGCGAAGCCCUAAUUAAAGACCAGGAAGAAGGCAAGUCUUUAUGUCCUGGUAAAUUCGUCGAUAUGCUUUAUGUUAAUCGUAUGAGAACGGAAGAGGAUAAAGCUAAGAUGACUCAGACUUAUGAUGAAAUAUUCCUCCCUGAAUUCCCGAGAAGCGACAGUACUCCUCAAUUCGACGUAAACGAUAAAGAAAUUAUUAUUGGAGACGUUGUAUUGGAAAGAAAUGCUGAAAAGGGAUUCAAAAACCGUAGAGCUGUUGAAACUAAUUUACUAGUAUUACGUAAUCACCUGCCAACAUUAAAAGCGUUAGCGCAAAGCAUCAAGAUGAACUGGCUGUCCAUUUUAGUUGGAUCCUCAGCUACGGGAAAAAGUUGUAUAGUGCAAGUCCUCGCUGAUUUGACUGGCAAUGAACUUCAAGUUGUACCAGUGACGUCAGCAAUGGAUGUUUCUGACUUACUUGGAGGUUUUGAACAAGUAGAUUUUAAUAGAAACCUUGAAAGCUUAUUUGAUAAAAUUGAGACCUUAACCAUACAGACUGUUAGAAAAAUAUGGUUGAACCAAAAGAACGAAGAUUGGAAGUCGAAUCAGUUACUAAGUGAAUUGUAUCAAUACAAAUCAUUCCAGUCAGUUUCAAAUGAGGUUUCGAAAGAUAAUAUGGAUAAAUUCAAGGAAAAAGUCCAGUUUCUUCUCAACCAUUGCGACGUACUACUCAAAAACAACGAGCCAUUUGACACCAUAUCCACAUUGUUACAAAGAGUAGUGAGUAGUUUGAACAAGUUGUUGAACAAAAUUUCAAACCUCACUUCAGUGAAUGCCGGAGGAAAGUUUGAAUAUAUAGACUCUUUGCUCGUCAAAACUAUGAUUGAAGGGUCCUGGCUGCUUCUAGACAAUGUCAACCUCACUACUGCGGCAGUUCUCGAUAGAUUGAACGGGUUAUUGGAGCCAAACGGAGUUUUAAGUAUACCAGAAAGGGGGGACGUGAGUGAAAUCAGACCGCACCCGAAUUUCCGAGUAUUCUUCACUAUGGAUCCGAAGUAUGGCGAGAUAUCGAGGGCUAUGAGGAAUCGAGGUGUGGAAAUAUCGCUUCUAAGACCAGACAAUAUGCAGAACUUGCGUUUAUCUGACACUGAGAAUUCCUUGGACUUGGCGGCUCUGCUGUCUUCGUGUGGACUGCCCUGUGAAUACCUUGAGAUUACCAUCAAAUGUCAUGAGUUGAUGCAAUCAUUUAUACAAGUGUUCGACCCACCUGCAAUUUCACAUUUACUACAAGCCGCACAUUUAACAAGCCAGCAAAUUGUCCGUGGAAUUUCAACAACUACGGCCUUCGUAAACAGUUUCUCUGAUGUAUACAUCAAGCCACGGUGUGGCGGCGACUUUGCCUCCGACAUCAGAGCUUCACUUGCCGAAAUGAAAAACUCCAUGCUUAAAGUCUUGGAAAAGCUAAUGGAAGGAGAAAAACACAGCAAUAAAGAUGUAGCCAAACCAACUACAUCACAUACUCUGACUGUUAAAGGUUUAUGCUCAAAUUCGUCGGUAGAACUCGCUAAACAAAUUGCUUAUAUCGCCUCUCAAGAAACUACUGGCAAAGACUCCUCCAACUUACACAUCCUCUUUAGUCUGAGUUCUGUGUAUCAAAAAGUCCCGCCAUACCUUUGCCAAGCUGUCUACACCAUUAUCAAAGACACUUUGAGUAGAGACAAGAGUAAAGAAGUUAAAUUGGCUCAGAAACUAAAUGAAACAGCUUAUGAAUUUUACAAAGAGUAUGUAGAUUUGCAGUCUUACAAAAGAUAUUAUCCGGAAUCAAACAAUUUAGAUGACGAAGUCGUACAUAUAUGUAAUACGGAAGGAUUGCUAUUGCUAAACGGUCUAAUGGACGCGUAUCUACAUGCCACAAUACCUACAAAUAACUUCUCCGUACUAGAUUAUUCAGCAGCUGUUUUAUCCGGUACAUUGACAGAUGAUUUCGUGGAAUAUCCUAUUCUGAAAUACUGUCAGAAAUAUGUUGAAAAAGUCAAUGAGUUUAUUGAAGGAGCUAUUGAAAGAGCUCAAGACUCCUUGGAUGACCAAACUGCUUGUAAUGUCACACAACUCUUAAACUGGCGCAAUAGAUUCGUGAAGUUAUCUAACGAGGCGAUAUUUGCACCAAAUCAAGGAAAAAGACGACAUAUAUUAAGGGAAGAUAUUAUCCCAUUGCUUUACGCUCACAGUAAAUGGCUGCAAAAACAUCUGAUCCAGUUACUAUGCAAGCUUUUACCUCAAAAUGAAAAUAUAAUCAAAGAGUUCAACACAGCAAUUAAAAGUAUAAUACUCAACAGUGAUCAAGAGAAUACGGAAAUGACUAAAUUGAGCAAGAAAAUGAGGAAAAUGUACAGUCAACCGAAAUUGUUUGUUGACCAAGAAGAAUAUGAUAUAUCAUGUGAAAAGACUAAAGUAUACAACAAAUUGACUCUAGAUAUGAACCAGCCAAUUUCGAAACAAAUGAACAAGCUAUCUGUUAACAAUUAUGCUGUUACUGAUAUGCAGUUAGCUUUAGACGUACCAGAUAAAGAAAAAAUGGUUUUAAUACAAGAGAAUAUCUUGAAACUUAUAGACAGCAAAGAGGUUGACAAAUUAAACCCUCAAGUCAAAUUACUUCCUAUAAUAUCAUAUGUAGUGCAAAGAAUUCUAACGAUACUACAAAGGGAGUUUUUGGAGGCGGUUUCUCAAUUGUCGAAGGAAGAUAAAGUUGUCAAGUUUGAUUCAACAGAAGUCUUGUACAGUUUGGUACAAAUAGGCAAAGUGAUCAACGGUUUUCCACCUGCGCUAUUGAAUUUAAUGGAAGUUUUGCUGAAAUUACAAGAGAAUAGUCAACAGAAUCUUAGUGACCGAAUAUCGUCUCUCCCAGUAAAGUUCUGGGACGAAUACUACAAAGCCGUAGUAUACGCUCCUGCCUUCUACCCCACGCCGUUCUUGACACCACUCAAUGUGGAAAGUGAAGAGUCGGUUGAAGAAAUUCCUGUCAACAGCAAGAGACUAUCCAAGAAUGUCCCACUACUGCCAUACUACUUGCAGAAGUUUACUGUGUCCGCUAAUAAUACCGAUUCCAAACUGGUGCUUGCUUAUGAAGCGGUAUCAAUGGAAGAUCGUGCUGACUACUCAGUGCAACUAGGUACAAUACAAAAUAUUCUAUGGAAGAAUAUUGCUACACUGGAUUCGUCAGUUUCCUUAAAAUUAUUAUCAGACGCCAAAUUCGAAAUGAAGAAAUUUGAGCAACUCGUUCAUUACCUACACUCAACACUUACUCAAACAAACGGAAAAUCAUUUGAAGAACUCUCCCUACAAACGAUACAAAUGCUGCAGACUUACUUAAAACAAGACUCCUUUGUCGACACUCUAGCUCUAGCUAACAACAUUUACAAAGAACUCAAAGUAUUAAUCGAAAACAUAAAUGACGUCACGAAAGUAAAGAUUUUGACGUCACAGCUCUCUUUGCUUACCAGUCUUUUAGUCAUUAAAGUGAUGUCAGAAAUGAACCAAAUAGAUCAUGUGGAAAAAUACCGUUUAAAAGUCAAAUAUAUUCAAGAGGAUAUAGAAAUGUUUGAGGCAUUACUGGGUGCAUAUUACUUCCAUGGGCUGGUCUCAGGCAGCAUUAACGGUAGAGGGACUAUUUCGAAACCAUCGCAAGUACCAAUAAAUGUUAUGAGGAAUAGUGAGUUAAAUGAUACUGGAUUGGGCAAGGUGCAUCCACAUUGCGGUGUUAUAAUGGAACUAAGAGAAACGACUGCUGAAAGGAUCACUAAAUACAAAUUAGGGAAUACUUUUAGACCAGCCGAGCCGUCUUACAACAGUUUUGUCAAAGACUGCAAACACUUUACAAAAUCAGUUCUAUCGCCAAAGACGACUAAAGAUCUGGCUUCCAACCUCAUAUCAGCGUGUAACAACUUAUACGACAACUUCAAAAGCAACUCUAUAACCAAAUCCGUGUUACUAAGGGGUCAAACAGUAGCCAAAGAGACUUCCUCCUGGUUAUAUUCAGUCAACGCCUUCUACAAGAAGAUAGAAAUAUACUCAGACGCAUUCCCAGACUUGGCAAAGCCUUUACAAAGUUCAAUCUCCCAACUUGUCUACAGUUUCACCUCUUUAAGUGAUUUAAUUCGGGAACUGAUUAUCAAAAUCGAACAAGGCCCGAUGCUCAAGGAGGUUGUGACACAUUUGAUGGUAUACCCUAAUAGCGUACCAAGUAGAAUGAAUAAAGAGGUUUAUAUGAACCGAUUCGUUACACCAAAGUUCGUAAGUCUGUUGAACAGAAAUAUCCUUGCGGCGAAUAAUGAACUGUUUACUGCAGAGUUGGAGAAUAUUCAAGUCCUAAAAAUGAACUUGUCAGAACUGCAAAUGCAAUGCACAGCGUUGGAUAAAAUCGAUAAAAUGACAAUGGACACAGUGUUGUUGACGCUGAACUCUUUGGUGAAGACCUGGGAGCAGCAACAGAGAGAUAUCGAGAAGAGGAAACAGGACGACGAUGCGUUAUAUGUUACGAAAUCAAAAUGCGAGGACGAGGAUGAAGAUGCACUAGCCUUGUUAGAAAUGCAAGAAAUGUUCCCUUCAUACUCCGACCAAGACUUCGCAGAAUUCAAACCCGCUACUUUAGAGCAAAAACUGGUUAAACCUCAAACAACGGAAAAGAAACCAAUGUUCCUAAUUUCGUCGGAAGAUGUCUCGCUCGUAUACAAAUGGCAUUCGAGCUUAGUACGCAAUAUGACGUCAGCGGAAUGGCUACCCGCCCGAAAGAAGUUGGUCGGUAAUGACGUGACCAGUGCCUUCUUGCAGAGGUAUCUCACAUUUAGUCGGGUUAUAGAUAACUCUUGGGAGGCUUUGGAUGCGGAAUUCGAAGGAACUAUUUCGCCCAGUUUGAUGGUUUUGAUAUCGCAGAUCAAAGCUAAGGUCGAUGGGAAUGAAUCGUCAAGUAAGGUGGACUUCUACCGCUUGCCUUGGGUAUCGGAGACGAGACAAUGUGUGCCACUACUACAUAGGGUAAAGGAAAGCACUAAUGAACUGCUUGAUCAAUGGCCAGACUUCCCUACACUAAAAGAGAUAAUGGUCAUAGUAAAUAGGAUCUUAAGUUUCUCUGUAACAAGUCCAGUGAGCCGCUUCCUAACUGGCUUGGAGUUACUUAGAGAUAAGAUCGAAGAAUGGAACAAAAACGCCCAUAAAGGAAAUAAUCUCAUAGAAAUAUCACUUGCUGUGGGACAACAGAUUAUCAACUGGAGAAAACUAGAAAUGGCUCAUUGGAAAGAGUGCCUGAACAAUCUGUAUCACAGAAAACAAUCAGAGGCUCACAGAUACUGGUUCUACUUAUACCCAGUGAUCAACUCAUAUCUGGACACACAAUCGGACAGACUAAUCAACGUGCUUAAAGACUUCAUGGAGACAUCUAACUUGGCUGAAUAUGAAGUGAGACUGGACAUCAUAUUUGUGUAUCAUUGUCAUUUGAUACAUCUUGAACCUAGUGAAAAACGUGACGAGCUCCUCUCAAUACUGUGGAACACAUACAACUACUACGCCCAGUUCAGCGCGCAGGUGGCGGCGCACAUCAAAGAGAAGCGCGCGCCCAUCGAGAAGAAGUUGCGCGACUUCGUGAAGAUAUGCACGUGGGACAGAGAUCUCAGCUACUGGAGUGUUAAGGAUACGGUGGAGAAGGCGCAUAAGGCACUGCAUAAACAUACCAAGGAGUUUGAGAACGUUCUAAAAGAGAGCGUAACAAGCUGUUUAGUAGACAAGACUACCGAAGUGAUUGGUGACCACGUGGGCAUAUGGGACCGGCCCAAGCGGACCACCGCCGCCAGCGCGCCCACCGGCGGCGCCUACAUGAUAGACCUGCAGAACUAUAUUGUACUAGCCAGGAACAUCAAGCCAACCGAGAAAUUUUUGGACGAAUCAGAGCAGCCGUGCAAGAUAAUUGCCGAGGGUAGUCUGUUAUCAAAAGUGUCAAGUUUACUGAACAAGGCUAAGACAUUGUGUAAGGAUACUAUUGCGAAUACUGGGUAUCCGGCGCUGGUGCAAGCGUUGGAUGACUUCGUGACUGUCGUGAUAGAGACUAGUACUCAUCUUGGGUCUUUGGAGGUCGACUCUACACUACCAAAAGAAAAACAGACGUCUCAAGCAAAGAACCACGUGCAACAAAAGCGGAAAGCCCUAGCUGAUCUUUUCAAAUACUUAACUAAACUAGGUCUGAACUACCGCACCGGUCUAGUCAUACUCACUGCCUCGGAGAAGGAACUGUACGACUUCACUAUACCGCCCGUCGAUCUUGAAGCGGCCAUCAGCUAUUUGAAGAGCAGACGUUGCGAUGCCUCCCUAUCCCUACUGUGGUCGGGCUGUGAGAAGUACUUCCAGAAGAACAUAGCUCGCCACAGGAUUCUAACUCUAGCUCUACAGGCGCCGCAUCAAGACUUGGGGAUGCAGAACAUUGAGAGGUGUAAAGGAUUUGCCGCUCAAUUGUUGAAACUAACCAACACCCAAAAGAAAUCCAUAUCAAAAUACUCACGCUACCUUUGCGACUUGAGAACGUUAACAACAAACGUUACUAAUGUACUAGAAGUCAAUAACACAGACACAAACGUAUCCACAGUAAAUUCUAGACUAGACCUUCUAACAGAAUGUUACGCAAACACUAGCAUUGUUCUAGAACAAUUCUACGUUGUUCUUAAGUCUUGUCCAGAAAGAGGUGUAGGCUCUGAAUUUGAACCAGACUUUGACAACGUUCUUUCCAACUCCAAAGUUGUCCGAUGCUACAAAAACAGCGAUGAAUGGAAGGAUUUAAAUAAAAAAGUCAACGCUUUAAUAUCUAAUGUUAAUAAACAGAAAAAUGCUUUACAUAAAGUCGCCAAUAUUAUGCCUAAAGAAUUCCAUCCUGAUGAUACAAAAGUACCUAUUAUAUCUCAAGCUCAUAUAGACGUUGCAAACGAUUGUAAAGCUAGUUUGGAAGCCAUGGUUAAAGAUAUCGACGAACUCUUACUUGAAUAUCAGUUUGAAUUCAAGUCGUUAAUCUACGAUUUGAAACCACAGCACCCUCUAUUGAAGAGUAUCACAAACCUUAGCAGUUAUCUGAAAGAAACGCUAAAUGAAUUGGAAAGCCUAGACAAAAACGAUGACGUUUCUAUGGACGGUGUUACAACCGAUAAACUUAUUGACCAAUCUGAAGAUUUGAUAGCGACUAUGCUUCUUAUAAUCCAGUCUGUCUAUAAACAACAUUUGCCCCUCGAUUACUCAGAAAAUGCUAAACUAAUUAAGGAUAUUGAUGAAAUUAUUAAGAGCGAUAAAGAGGAAUCGAAAGACAUUAUCGAAGAUAGACAUUUAAAGGAACAUUUACAAGAUAAAUUGUCGAGUGAUUCAAGACUAUUGCAACUAGAAUCUUUGAUCAACAAGACCAAAAUGCUGUAUACCAAUUACGGCCAAUAUUUGGCCAACGGCAAUGAUGUAAGUGAUAUAAAGAGUGUGAUAAUGAGGUUGGUGCCAAUAUUAGAGCAAACAGUGCUGUUUGUUCAGUACUUUGUGUCACAGAAGGUGGCGGUACACAGGGUUUCCUGCAAGAUGCUAUCAGUAUUAUUGAAGAUUUUCUCGGAUUUGGCACAGAAAGGUUUCUGCAAGCCGUCAGACCUGGACAUGGACGAAGGCGAGGGUGAAGGCGGCCCCGGCAAGCUGUCCGGCGGCACCGGGCUCGGGGACGGCGAGGGACAGAAGGACGUAUCUGAUAGAAUCGAGAAUCAGGACCAACUAGAUGACGCUCACCGUCCAGGCGAAGAGAAAAAAGAAGAGAAUAGAGAUUGCAAAGAGGAAGAGAAAGGAGUUAACAUGACUGAUGACUUCGACUCCCAUCUGCAAGAUGUUGACAAGAAAGAAGGAGACCAGUCAGAACAAGAGGACGACGAAGAUGAUGCCGACAAGCAAAUGGGAGACAUUGACAAUGCUGCUGAUAAACUAGACCAGCAAAUCUGGGGUUCAGAAGACGAAGAAGAAUUAGACGAGGAACAAGGUCAAAAGAAAGACCAAGAAGAGAAAGGUCAAGGUGAAAGUACAGGAGAGAAGGAAAUGGCCGCUAAAGAUAAAGAACAGGAACAGGGCACGGAUGAUGGCGAGGAUGGAAAAGAGAAGAAGAAGAAGAAAGAUAUCAAUGAAAUGGAUGAACCUGAAGUUGAUGAUGACCAUGUGGAUCCAUAUCACGGAAACCAACAACCACUUCCUGAGCCAGAAGACUUCGAAUUGCCAGACAAUAUGAACUUAGACGGCGAAGAGCCCGGUGAAGAAAAUGAAGGUGACACAGAAACAGAGAAUCCAUUCGACAUCGACGUGAUGAAGGAAAAUAUUGAGGAAGAACAGGAUUGCGACGACAAAGCGGAAGACGGAAAAGACAAUAAGAAUGGAUUGGACGUGUCCAGUGAUGAAGAAGAUAAUGGUGAUGAGAAAGGUGAUGAUGCAGAGGGAGAGGGUGAUGAAAAGGAAAAAGAAAAUAAUGAUCAACCGGGCCCUGAGAACGAAGAAAACCCAGAAAGCGAAGAAAAAGAUGGCGGCGAAGAAAUAGAUAAUGAACAAGAAGCUCCCGACGAAUCCAACACAGAUGACCCUGAAAAUCCUGAAAACGCUGAAAACCCUGAAAACGAUCUUCCGAAAAAUCCCGAUCAAAUAAACGAAGAGGAUGAAGUAGAACAGAAGAAUAAAGAGGCUAACCCUCAAGCGAACCCUUCGAACAAUGAUCCCACGGCUGAUGAAAAUGCUGAAAACGCAGAAAUGGAUCAAGGGACCAAUGAUAAUGUUGAAACAAAUGCGGAGCAGGCUAAAGAUGAAGACGCUGAGCCUUUUGAACAAGCCCAAGAGCAAGUUGGCGAGGAAAAGCAGUCGACAGGUCGUUCGGAGUUAGACAAGAGCGACAAAGGGCAUAGAGGAGAGAAACAGGCCGCGAGCCGCGCGGAGCGAACACAGGAGAAGCGGAAGAAACAUGAGAAUAAACCGGGCAAGACUGAUCAGGAACGAACACUUGGUGACAUAAAUGAGAAGAAACACAAACAGUCGAAAACAUUGAAUGUGGAGCGCGAAGAGCAAGAGGAAGGAGGCGACAACGAUGAUGACGCCGAUAAGGAAGCUGAUGCUUACCAACACGUAAAGCAGGCUAAGAAGGAUGAUCUACAGGCAAUAGAUGCCGCCACUAAAGAACAGGCAGAUCAACAGCCAACAUUGCAGCAAGAAGAAGAAGACGCUGAGAAACUUAAAGAGGAUGAAGAAGUUCCUAUGGAUGUAGACGAUGAUGAAAUACAGGUCGAGAAAUCAGAAGAAUUAAAACCGGAGAAGAUGAAGGAGACUUCAGAGAAAGACAGAGAGAAGUCAGGAAACAAGAAGGACGGCGGCGAAGAGCCGACAGGGGAAACUGGUAUGGAAGUGGAAGGUGAGAAGGUGGGGACAGAGGUCGUGCCGAGAGGGAACGAGACUACGUAUCAUACGAGGAUGGACGACUGCCAAACGCAAUCAACAGACUUGACAAUCGACGAAUACAUGAGUUUCCGCGAGUGGUUGAACAGCGGGCCGACGCCGAGUCACGGCAGCGUGGCCGUGUGGAGGACGCUGUGGAGGGACUCGUCCGCCGCCGCCAGGGCGCUCUGCGAGAGGCUCAGGCUAGUGCUCGAGCCUACUGGCCGGUCUAGGAGAGCUGGUGACUUCCGCACUGGUCGCGCUAUCAACAUGCGUCGCGUGAUCCCUUACAUCGCGUCCCACUUCAGGAAGGACCGCAUCUGGUUGCGCCGCACCAAGCCCGCCAAACGAGAGUAUAAGAUCGCGAUCGCCGUCGAUGAUUCUAGCUCUAUGUCCGAUAACAGGAGUAAGGAGUUGGCGUUUGAAAGCCUUGCUCUCGUGUCUCAGGCACUAAAUCUCCUCGAAUCCGGCGAUCUGGCAGUACUAAGCUUCGGUGAAAAGCCAAACCUUUUACAUCCAUUCACGGAACAGUUCUCAGAACAUUCAGGCUCGAAGAUCUUGGAACAAUUACGCUUCGAACAGACAAAGACAAGAAUAGCACAACUAUUAGACUUCUGCACAGUUUUGUUUGAGGAACAGACGAUGAGAAGCGAUGCGGUGAACGCUAAACUGUUGGUGGUGGUCAGCGAUGGUCGGGGAAUAUUCUCUGAAGGGGAGACUAGGGUGCUGCAGAGUGUGAGGAGAGCGAGACAACAAGGCAUCUUCUUAGUCUACGUCAUAAUUGAUAACCCUGACAAUAAGGACUCAAUCAUGGACAUACGUCGCCCUCUACUGGACCCUACCACAAACACUCUAACUGGCUUUGUAUCAUACUUGGACACAUUCCCGUUCCCCUUCUACCUAAUACUGCGAGACAUGUCAGCGUUACCCACUGUUUUAGGAGACGCCCUUAGGCAGUGGUUUGAAUUAGCCGCUAAUAAUACAAGCUAAAAUACUUCUUUAAUGGUCGUGACUAUAAGGUUUAAUUUCCAUAAAAAAUGUUCUUCCAUAGUAUAGGAUGUGUUUGUAAAUGAUAAAAUAACGGAAGAGGUUGUCAAAACCUAUAUUUGUCACUAAUGGAAACCUUUCAUCAAUACAAGUGUUAGGCUAGGUAAAUUAAUAGAUUUUAGUUAGGUUCAUUCGUAAAAAAAAAAUGUUACAUGUAAAGACUAUUAUAAGACUAUUGAAUCUGGAAGGGGAAGAAACUUAAAAUCCAUUGUUAUUGUUUUACUCGGAUUAUAGUCCCUUAUAUCCAACUAAUAGCAUAGCAUAGUUUAAGUAGUCAUUUACUUUGGGUCAAAGAUUUAUAUUUUUUAGCUCAUUAAUUACAUAUACAACUAAGAAUAUAUUUUUCUAUAAAAUCGCAGCAAUAAUUAAAUAAUUAGGAAUAUUUCUGCUCUAAUUCUUAGUAUUUUGGAUCUCAAGAUACUGCUUGAUAUACUUAAAGAUGUUUAAGACAAUUCUAGCAUAUAGAUAUAAAAACAUGCAAUCUUGUUGGUUUAAAUAGUUAUUGAGUAUGUUAGUAAAUUACUUGAAAAAUCGAAGAAGUAAGAAGUUAUAUUUGAAAUCAUCUUUGAUUUAAAAAUGUUUAUUAUUGUAAAGUUAAUAGUUCACAUGGUACUGUGAUUUCUCGACUGCUAAAUCGCUUUGCGAAUAAAAUAGACAUAAGUUAAAAUUGUUUUCAUGUUUUUGAAAAAGUUAAAUUGGUUUAUAUUAAAUGCUUUUGAAUAAUAA